AUGGAGUCGUCGCGAGGCCCUCCGCGGGUCAAGAACAAGGCGCCUGCGCCGCAGCAGAUCUCCGCCGAACAGCUGCUACGCGAAGCCGUCGACCGUCAGGAACCCGCCCUCUCUGCGCCGACGCAGCGCUUUGCCGACUUGGAGGAACUGCAUGAAUAUCAAGGCCGUAAAAGAAAGGAGUUCGAAGAUUAUGUCCGCCGCAAUCGGCUGAACAUGGGCAAUUGGUUUCGCUACGCUCAGUGGGAACUUGAACAGAAGGAAUACCGCAGGGCGCGCAGUGUUUUCGAACGUGCGCUGGAUGUCGAGAAUACCAAUGUGCAAUUAUGGCUACGAUACAUCGAGUCGGAGAUGAAGGAGCGGAACAUCAACCACGCGCGCAACCUGCUGGACAGGGCUGUUACUAUUCUGCCGAGAGUGGACAAGCUAUGGUACAAGUAUGUCUACAUGGAGGAGAUGCUGGGGAACAUUCCCGGCACACGACAAGCCUUUGAAAGGUGGAUGUCGUGGGAGCCGGAUGAGGCGGCAUGGAAUGCGUACAUCAAGCUGGAGAAGAGGUACGGCGAGUACGACCGCGCGAGGAACAUCUUCGAGCGAUUCACGAUCGUGCAUCCAGAACCAAGAAAUUGGAUCAGAUGGGCACGUUUUGAGGAGGAGAACGGGACGAGCGACCUGGUGCGGGAAGUCUUUGGGAUGGCCAUCGAAACCCUAGGGGAUGAAUUUAUGGAUGAGAAGCUCUUCAUUGCGUAUGCGAAGUUUGAAGCUAAGCUGAAGGAGUACGAACGGGCCCGCGCUAUCUACAAGUAUGCUCUGGAUCGGAUGCCUCGAUCAAAAUCUGCCAUACUCCACAAGUCAUAUACCACUUUCGAGAAGCAGUUUGGCGAUCGAGAGGGCGUCGAAGAUGUGGUGUUGGCGAAGCGAAGGGUACUGUACGAGGAGCAAGUGAAGGAGAAUCCCAAAAAUUACGAUGCGUGGUUCGAUUAUGCACGUUUGGAGGAGACCGGUCAGGAUCCAGAGCGUGUACGGGACGUCUACGAGCGGGCAAUUGCCCAAGUACCGCCCAGCCAAGAGAAGCGACACUGGAGAAGGUACAUUUACCUCUGGAUGUUCUACGCGCUGUACGAAGAGCUCGAAACCAAAGACCUCGCUCGUGCAGGACAGGUGUACGACGAAGCGAUCAAGAUCGUCCCACACAAGAAGUUCACAUUUGCCAAAAUCUGGAUUCUCAAGGCGCAAUUCCACGUACGGCAACAAAACUUGGAUCGAGCACGUAAGACAAUGGGAAUGGCGAUCGGAUGGUGUCCCAAGAACAAGCUGUUCCGAGCCUACAUUGAAAUGGAGCUCAAACUCUUCGAAUUCGUCCGCUGUCGAACGCUUUACGAGAAGUGGAUCGAGUUCGACGCUUCGAACAGCGCGGCCUGGAUCAAGUUUGCAGAGCUCGAGCGCGGACUGGAAGACUUGACACGUACCCGUGCCAUCUACGAACUCGCCAUUCAGCAGGAUGUUCUUGACAUGCCGGAGCUGGUAUGGAAGGCUUACAUUGACUUCGAGGAAGAGGAAGGCGAGUACGAGACGACACGCAGCUUGUACGAGCGUCUGCUCGCCAAGACCGAUCACGUCAAAGUCUGGAUCAGCUACGCGCACUUUGAAAUCAACGUUCCGGACUCCGCCGAUGAAGCUAUACCCGAGGACGAAGACGCGCCGAUCAGCGACGCUGCCAAGGCUCGCGCGAGGAAAGUGUUUGAACGAGCUCACAAGGUGUACAAGGAUCGAGGCCUCGUGGAAGAGCGCGUCGCGCUACUCAAUGCCUGGAAGGGCUUCGAGGACGCACAGGGCGGCGAAGAGGACAAGGAGAAGGUGGCGAAACAGAUGCCGAGGAGAGUGAAGAAGAGGAGAAAGCUGGACGACGAUUCGUUCGAGGAAUACAUGGAUUACGUCUUCCCUGCAGACGACCAGAGCAGCGCCAACCUGAGCAAGUUGAUGGCAAUGGCGCAGAAGUGGAAGAAGGAACAGGAGACCACAGCGGCUUAA